AUGGCCGAAUUGAAGGGAAACACGAGGAGACUGUCGAUCAAUCUUUCGAUUUUUGGUCUUAAUGAUCAAAACACAAAAUCAAACGUAAAAUCGCCCAAGAACUUUGAGGAACCAAACGGUGUAGUUGGGCUUGGAAUCGUAGCAGCUUUGAACAAUGAUUUGGACCAAACCCUUGAUCCUUUUUCCUCUGCUAAGUCUAGCAGAGCUGCUAUUCUGGCAAUUUCGCCAAGAUCAAACCCAAUUCCUAUACUCAGCAAGACUUUUAGCUCUGGGUCUGCUAAAUUUGGAAGACCCAAUUUGGCGGAUGUGGAGAAUAUGGAGUUGUCUGAAGGAUAUACCUGUGUGAUUUCACAUAUUGGGAACAAUUUGAUCAAGAAAAAAGAGUAUUUUGACGGUGAAUUCAGAUGUGGGUCUGAAAGUACCACUAGUUAUUGGGUUAGUUCAGGGCUGUUCUCUGCUUCUUCGCCGGCUGCUGCGAGUGAAGUCGAUUUACCAGAGUUUGGGGCCUCGGAUUUUCUUAAUUCUUGCAAUCUCUGCAAGAAGCUUCUUCAUGGCUUGGACAUUUUCAUGUACAGAGGAGAAAAAGCAUUUUGCAGUGCAGAUUGCCGCUCAAAGCAUAUCUCAGUUGACGAACACAGAGAGAACUGUGCUUCCAGAGCGAUGAAACCUCUUGAGCACUCUCUGUCUCCCUGCUGUGGUACAAUGCAGUUUCUUGCUGGGGUUGCCGCAGCAUAG